UACAUGAAAGAUGACUUCUUCAUAAAAAUUGAGACCUGGCAUAAACCAGAUUUGGGGACAUCAGAGAACGUGCACAAUUUAGAUCCAAACACGUGGAAGAGUGUCGAAGUUGUCCAUAUUGACAUUGCAGAUAGAACUCAAGUAGAACCGGGAGACUACAAAGCUGAUGAAGACCCUGCGUUAUUCCAGUCGGUUAAGACGAAGAGAGGACCUUUGGGGCCAAAUUGGAAGAAAGAGCUAGCAACUGAUGAAGAGUGUCCUAAAAUGUGUGCUUACAAGUUGGUGACUAUCAAAUUUAAAUGGUGGGGACUGCAGAACAAAGUUGAAAACUUUAUACAAAAGCAAGAAAAAAGGAUAUUUACCAACUUUCAUCGCCAGUUGUUCUGUUGGAUUGACAAAUGGAUUGAUCUGACUAUGGAAGACAUUAGGAGAAUGGAGGAUGAAACCCAAAAGGAGCUAGAAGCGAUGCGUAAGAAGGGUUCCGUUCGAGGCACUUUGGCUGCUGACGUCUAGAGGAGUUCUCUGUAGGUUCUGAGGCAAAUCAAGCUGUUUACGUAAUCAAGGCCAAGUCAGAGGAACAAGUGCUGCCAAUGAUGAAUGAUGAUGGAUUUAACCGUCACAUGCAGUGUUGAUAUACAAAUGUGUGUGUGGAUGCAUGAUUAUUUGUAUAUAAUUAUAUAUACGCACAUGCAUACUGAAGGGGGUUGUUACAGUGUCUCCAGGGUACUAUACCUGUCCUCAGCAAAGAUUCAAAGGAAACUGCUUUCAUUAUGUAUACCUGAAGCAAAUAAAAAUCAACUGAGUAGUGUCAUUUAAAGGAUGAAUUAACUGCAGAAUUAUGCUAACUGGUAUGUUUCAUGAAUGUCAAUACUGGACCAAUUUAUUCCCUACUUGUUUUUUUUCCUGUCUUGAGUCACUCUGCUAUAACUUGCCCAUAUCUCAUUGUAAAGAAACAGAUUCCAAUAAGUUAAUUUCAGUUUUGUGUCUUCCCUAUGUGAUUAUUUUGGAAUAGGAACAAUGAAUGUAUUUAUAGCUAUUUAUUUCUGGAUUGUCAUUAUCCUAUAGUCAAAUCAGAAAAAAAUUUCUAUUAGUGGAAAUUGGAAGACUUUUACUGUUGAAUAAGUUUAACCCAAACUUUACCCAUUCACUGAUUUAAAAGGAAAAAAAAAAUCGUGUUUUAUUGGACUUUUGUACAUUGAAAUGCUAAUGUUUUUUCUUCAUUAAAAUUGGCAAGAUUAAGGAAAAAUGA